AGUCAUUUCCGGUUCCGCCUAGCAACCGGUGGUCACUGUGAGGUGUUUGUAUCGUUACUUGCUGCUGGGUUUUGGGGCGAAGAUGAGUGAGGUAGAAGAAACUCUGAAAAGGAUUCAGUCUCACAAGGGUGUGAUUGGUACAAUAGUUGUGAACUCAGAAGGAAUCCCAAUUAGGACAACUUUGGACAACUCCACAACUGUGCAGUAUGCAGGACUAUUCCAUCAACUUGCCAUGAAAGCUAGAAGCACUGUCCGAGAUAUUGACCCACAGAAUGACUUGACAUUCCUACGAGUUCGAUCAAAAAAGCAUGAGAUAAUGGUUGCACCAGAUAAGGAAUACCUUCUAAUCGUCAUCCAGAAUCCAAGUGAAUAAAUUCAGAAUGGAUAUCUAAAAGACAUCAAGGAUAACAUUCAGCUGUUAGACUAACACUUUAAUAAUUUAAUAGUGAAAAGUGAAUUUGUAAACAGAGGUUAUGAAUCAGAAGUUCUGAAUUAAUGAUUUUUUGUUUAAAAAAAACUUAAAACAAUAAACAGUAAUGCCAUGUAGCCUGUCCUCACUUUUGUCUCUUUCAUUAUUUGUAUUAUAGGUUUAACACAGAAGCAAACCAUUCAGUCUAAUCAGAAGAUCGUUAUGCUCCAUCUGCAGCCUUCCCAUCUUUCCUCAUUAAUGAGUUUUCUCAAUCCUUUGGUAUGGAUUAGAUGGGCCGAAGGUCUGGUUUCUGUGCUGUAGUGUUCUAUGAUCCUAACUCUAUUUAAAUCUAUCUGCAUAACCCUCUAACUUCUAAUUUUAUUAUGCUUGUUCAACCUUCUCUUAAGGCUGCUUGCUUCACUAUUGCUCGUGUUAGCAAGUUCCACUGGUCUCGUGCAGCUUUGACUAAAAUUUCUUCUAAAUUCCCUUUUGAUUUAUUGGAAAUGUUCUCUGUAGUGAUUCUACCAAAACUCUAUCGAUUCUUUAUUAGGUCAUAUACCUACCUUCUGAGGAAGAAAAAUGUUACAAAUGGUUGAUUCCACCCCCCCCCCCCCGAUAUGUACCUGGUUGCAUUUUUAGUAUAAUUCCUGUAAAUCUUUUCUACACUGCUUCUAUUUCCUUUUCAUUAGAGACAACACUGUGCCCAGUUAUUCCUAACCACAAUUGAAGAAAGGUCUAGUGUAAGUUCCCUAUUUUAAAAUCCUGUUCUUCCAGAAAUAAAUCCUUAUGCUUGAUUUACUCUCAUCAUUCCCUGUAAAUUACCAGUAAUACAGCUUUGAGUGAAUGGUCUUUCUGUAUGGUAUGGCAUGAUGCCCUUAUUCUUCUAUCCCUUCUAGGCUUGUAAUUUGCAAAUAAUCAACAAAGUCCCUAACUGUUCCUAAGUUGUGACUACCAUGUAUUCAUCCUCACCAUCCUCACUUGCACAUUAAGUUUAUUAAUGCAGUCUUGUAAUCUGUUGCCUUUUUCCUGUGUUGACUAAAGUCUAAAUUAUCAUUGUGAAUUGCAAACAUUGUGAAACUUUGUGCACCUUUUUCCACUGUAGUAGCUACACUGGCUGCCUGUAAUAAAGUCAGAUAGUAAUCCAUCCUAUUACUUCUACCCUGUCUCUGUAUUCUCUGAACAGGGUCGUUAAGUUUCUUAUAAAGUUAUACAGCACUUAGCACAAUCAAGAUACCAACCUGAUCUCAUCCCAUUUGACAGCAUUUGGUCCUUCUCUUGCUAAACCUUUCCUAUCCAUAUACCUGUCCAAAAUGUUUCAAACAUUCCAAAUGCAUAUACCUCUACCACUUCCUCUGGCAGCUGCUGCUAUGCAUCCACAAGGCUCUAUAUGAAAAUAAUUGUUCCUCAGGUCCACUUUAAAUCUUUGUAGUCUCAUCUUAAUCACAUGCCCUUUAGCUAGACUCUCCUGCCCCUCUGCCUUCUUUGCUCCAAGGAAAAUAAUCCUAGCCUAGCUAAUAGCCUUAUAAAUCAAACCCUCCAGUACAGGGCACCUCCUGCUGCAUCUUUUCUACACCCACAUCAUUGGAUCACAUCUUCCAAUAGCAUAGCAAUCAAAGCUGUACAUAAUAUUCCAAAAGUGGUCUAAUUAACAAAUAGUACAACUGCACUGUGCCAUUCCAUCAAUACUGGAGUUGGUGAAGGCAAAUAUGUUUCACCUUUAUCACCACCUCUCUACUGCUUUGCUAUUUUUAUUCUCCAUUGGACAACAGUCUUCAAAAACCUUCUCAUUCACUAUGUAUGUCUGGCCUGGACUAAUUUCCCAACAUGUAUUACUUUGGCUCCUACCAGAGUUAAAUUCCAUGUGCCCACUCAAAGGAACAUUUCCUUUGAAAUUCAUGCUAACAAUUGAUUAUUAUGUUAUUUGUGUCCAAAUUUUUUAUUCUGUAGUCGGGUUUCCAAUAUCUUCCUCCCACCCAUGUUAAGCUGAUGAAUCUAUAAUUUCCAGGGCAUGGUUCUACCUCUCAUAUAUAGUUAUUAUGUCGGAUAGUAGUUGGUAUAUUAUUGGCAUAUGUACUGAGGUACAAUGAAAAGCUUGUCUUGAAUACUAUUCAUACAGAUUUACACAGAGGUGAAGAGUCCAUCUCAUCAUACUAAGGAACAAUUUAAUGUCAUAUAACAGUGGAUUAGAAGCUGUCUGUGAGCCUGAUAAAAUGAGUGUUCAAGUUUUUUUUAUUAUCUGCUACCUAAAGGAGGAGAGGAGAUGAAUUUCCAGAAGGUGUAGAAUCUUGAUUAUGCUGGCUGCUUUACUGAGGCAGCAAGAAGCAUAGACAGGCAGUAUGGAGAGGAACCUGGUUUCUGUGAUGUACUGUGUCGUAGAGACAACUCCCAAGUUUCUUCUUGUCAGGUACAGAGCAGUUGCCAUACCAAGAUGCUAGGCACCCAGACAGUAUGCUUUCUCUGGUGGUUCAAUAAAAAUUAGUAAGGAUUGAUGAGCCAUUCCAAAAUUCUUUAGCCUUCUGAGGAAGUAAAGGAGUUUGUGAGCUCUCCUGGCCAUGACAUCUACGUGGUUGGACUAGGACAAGGUAUUGGUGAUGUACACUCCUUGGAACCUGAAGCUCUCAACCAUCUUAACCUCAACAUCAUUGGUAUAGACAGGGGCAAGUGCACUGAAGUCAAUGAAAGUUCUUUUACUGACAUUUAGGGAAAGUUUGUUGUCAUGACACGUUACUAAUCUCACAAUCGCCUUCCUGUUCUUCCUAUAUGUUAUCAACCCUUGGAUAAUUAACUAUAAAAUAUGUGUAGCCAUUUCCUAUUUCCUUAAAUUCUUUUAGGAUUUUUUUAAUGAUUACAUCAUAAAACCAUCUAUCCACAAAGGUUUUAUCCUCUGAGUAUGAUUGGUUUAUUAAAUGGAAUCCCCCUUUGUAGUUUAAAUCCACUUAUUCUCAUCAUCAAAUGCCAUGUCCACCUUCUCCAUCUCCCUGGCGAAUACUAAUGUAAAAUAAUGACUUAGUAUUUCUGCAUCUCCCUGUUGCAACCAAUUUGUUCUUACUUUAUUAUUUAUGUGUUUGUGAAAUAUUUUGCUAAUUUAACAUUCCUUGAUGUUUUCAGUUUCUUUUUGUCUUUAUUUAAUUUUUGACUUGUGUUGUACCUGUGGGCUGUUCUGCAGUCUACAAAAUUUAAUAUAUAAUAUUAAUAAGUACUUUAUUGAUCUCGAGUGGGAAAUUCUUUCAUUAUAGCAGCAACAUUUAAAAGCACACUUUAGCAGUGUGCAGACUUAACUAAUAAUAAAGUACAGAAUGAUAACAUGCACAAUAAUAAUUGACCAAUGUGCAAUAAUUUGCAAUAAAAAUGUACGAAAUAAUAAAACAGAGACAAUUGUACUAUGGUG